AUGGAAAACGAAGAGAACAUUGCGAAAGAAACUGCGAUGAUGACGGUUCUCAUAGCCAUGUUUGUCCUUGGGUUCGUUGCAGGAGCAGAGCAAACCGAUGGUCAUCCUCAUUCAUCCGCGUAUGAUGUCACGUGGUCACCGCGCGGUCUUUCGUCAACAAUCCCACCUCUUCAUCCGUCGGACGGCGUGUUCCCGACACAGUGGUGCAACCCCCGGCCACAGCACCUCAAGGCCGACAAAGGGAUCCUCUUUCUCAAGCGCAACCUGUUCGCCGGCGCCGUGCUGCCCGCAGACACCAAGCUGGGCCACGUCAGGGGGACAGGCACCCCCAGCACGGUCACCGGCACAGACCCCGUGCCGCCGCCGUUCGCCUACGGCAAUCUCGGAGACAUACUGGCUUACUACAGCAUAACGCCGGGCUCGGAGCAGGCCCGGCAGGUCGCCAGCACGCUCCGGUUCUGCGGCCGCAGCGACGCACGAGGCGGCGACCAGCCGGAAAAACCACACGUCUGUGCCACCACAGAGCAAGAGGCCAUGGAGUUCGCCGCCGCGGCCCUGGGAGCGGCGUCGGCGGAGCCGCUCAGGACGGUCGUGCACGGGCGCGAGGAGCCGCACAGGUACAAGGUGGCACACGGCGGCGUCGCCGGCAUUGCCGGCGCGGUCGUGCCGUGCCACCCGCUGCCGUACCCGGCGGACGUGCUGUACUGCCACCGGCCAGGCAACGUGCGGGCGGUGCGCGUGGAGCUGGUCGGGCAGGACGACCCUUCGCUGGGCGCGACGGCGAUCGCCGUCUGCCACGAGGACACCUCCGGCUGGGACGCCGAGUACUUCGCGACGCUCAACGGGUCCCGCGGCGAGCCGAUCUGCCACUACAUGCCGGACAAGUAUGUGGUGUGGGUAGCCGGUGAAACCCACUAG